UAAUACCAUUGUUUGUCGAUACCGAGGUUUAUUCGUCUCCGCGACGAAGAAAAAGAACUGCGUUAAAUAUAUCACGCGACAAUUACAUUGGAAAGAAAAUUGUACUUUCUUUUUUACGAGCACUUUAUCGAAUCAUGCUGUGUCACGCGAAUGUUUAUCAACGAUUUCAAGCAGGAUUCAAGCGGGAUGAAAGUUACAUCAUUCAAGCUCGGGGGCACAGGAUCUUAUAUAUUGUACGGAUUGUGUGAUCGUCGCUCAGUGUCAUUUUGUACACUGUGAAACAGCAUCGUCGGUGCUAACUUACAACUCAGUUUUUACUUAUCGCACGUACGUAGAUCGUUAAUUAAUUUUCUACACUCGAACAUCAUUUUUGGCGAUCGCGACGUUUCCCCCAUUAACUUCACCGUCGUCACCUAGAGGGCAACAAAUUGCAACUUACUUAUCCAAAAGCGUGAACAACGUUCGAUCGAAGAAGAGAUGGAUUCGAUAUUUCGCACGAGAUCGCUAGGGACAGCGGCCGAGGGUGUUCGCGACCAGUACGCCGACGGGAGAGCCGCCAAGGUGUGGGAGGUGUUCAUAGGCGACAAGAAGCAGAGAACUCAGAAUUACCGCGACUUUCUGGUCGGCAUGCUGAGAGACACUGGGUGCAAACGAAUUCUGGACGUAGCUUGCGGGACUGGCGUGGACUCAGUGAUGCUCCUCGAGGAGGGUUUCGAGGUUGUCAGCGUGGACGCCUCGGACAAAAUGUUGAAAUAUGCCCUGAAGGCUCGAUGGGAGCGUAGAAAGGAAAAGGCGUUCGACAACUGGGUAAUCGAAGAGGCGAAUUGGUUGACUUUACCAAGGGACAUUCGUCAUUUAUUGGGAGAUGGUUUUGACGCAGUGAUUUGCUUGGGAAACAGCUUUGCUCAUAUGCCUGACACGUUUGGAGAUCAAAGGGAGCAAAGGCAAGCGUUGCGGAAUUUCGAACGCUGUGUGAAACCAGGUGGCCUGCUGCUGAUUGAUCACAGGAAUUACGACGACAUAAUUGAAACUGGAAAUAUCCCGUCAAAAUGCAUAUACUACAACAGUCAACGCAUGACGGACAUCAAGGCGUCGGUGCUGUUCGUUUCCGGGAAACCGGCUAUCGUCACGUUGGAUUAUAUGAUAAUGAUGGACGAGGGGGAGGACGAGAACGAAGAGCAAAUGCAGAUCAACGAAUUCCGGUUGUCCUAUUACCCGCACCGAUUGAACGUGUUCACCGACAUGUUGGGCGAGGCGUUCCAUUACAGGGCCAAGAACACCAUCUACGGCGACUUCAAACCCCUGGAUGGAACGGACACUCCUGGCUUCUACAUCCACGUGAUAGAGAAACCAGCGUAACCAGGAUUUCGAAGCGAGCUGCGACUGUUUGCGCGGGGAUUCACGCCUUCGUUUCCUCCAUUUUAUUUCGUGCAACGUGGAGGAAUCUCAUGCAAGAAGUCUCAACGUGGAGAAUCCUCGAGAUGCCAUUUGAUCAGCUCUGACCAUCCUAGGAACUUCUGUGUUCUGCAUCUUUUUUAUUACUUUCCCUCGCGUUGUGAGAAACUCUUCUUACAUCUUCUCUUUUUUAUAUAUAUGUAUAUAUAUAUAUAUACACACAUAAAGAAAAUAUAUAUUCUUUAUAUAUAAAUAUGUAUAUUAAUAUAAUAUUAUAUAUAUUAUGUAUAUAUAAUAUAUAAAAAUAAUACAGGAUGGGCCAAAAGACACUUCCUACUAAAAGAAGAGCACAAAUCUGCGAACGCUUUGACCGUUAACGUUUGAAAAAAAUAAUUUUUUAAAACAUAAUGAAAAAAUGUUUGAACUAAAAUUUAAUUUCAUAAUUAAUAAAAUUAGUUUUCUCUUGUA